AUGGACACCUUUGGCAGCAAGUUACAGCAGAAGGCUCUGCAGCAACCUAAGCAGAAGAAAUCCAAGUCGGCUGAAUUUCUGAUGGAAUGCGAGGGCAGAGGCGCAGCGGUGGGCAUCGAAAACCCGGCUUUCGACGGAGGGGGCAGCAGCAGCGGUCUCUCCUCGGCCGCUCCUGCUCAUCUGGGCAGAGAAAUGCGAGGAAAUGAACACUCUCAAAAUUACUUUGACCUGCCGUCAGCGGAGCAGACAGACCCAAGGCAGCUCGUGAGGACUGGGGUCAAUGCUGAAGAUGAGCUAGAAUUAAGUACGGUGCUUGCCUCCAGGGAUGACGAGGUGUUGGAGGUGAAGCCGGGUGAUCCGGUGCUUCAGAGGCGACUGCUGCUCCGUGCCGGUGCUGAUGCCUCGGGCAGCGGGCCCUCCCAGGUCCAGCGCAUUGCCAAAACUGCUGCUAAGACUGGUGAUGGGAUGAGAGACAGGACGGGGCUCCAAACAGAGAGGAUGAUAAUGGGCAAGGAAAGCACUCUGAAAGCGCGGACGGCGGAGGAUGCGGUCCCCCAGUACGCACAGCAGCUGAGGGAGCGCGUGCGUCCUGACAUGAUCACGCUUGGCAGCCUUUCACUGCAGCAGAAAGGACCACAAAAGGAGAGCGGCUCGGAAAAGAGGAAGAGGAGACUGGCGGCCUUUUUCACUGGGAGCGAUCAGGCUUCUCGUUCACAAAGCGACACAGGCGAUGGUGGGAGACCGGUGCCCAGGCUCAACACCCUCUUCCAGGGGCCGACAGAAUGCCCGCCACUCAGGAUGCUGGGGGAAGGCCAGGAGGAAGCAGCGACCAAAUAUGGGCGAACGACAGAAGAACGCCCACUGUCCAAAUCAUCGUCAGUGCAGUCCAUGUGGCAGGACAGUGCAGCUCCGCAGCUUCUGGAAGUGUGUGUGCGUUGCUUAAGAGCCGCCAGAGACAAGGUUCCCAGAGGCCAGUACUUGGUCCGGGUGGGUCUCCACAGCCGGCUGGGGGGUGCACUCCUCAGCUGCCCCGGGACAGAGCAGCAGCAGGUGGGAUUGGCGUUCACAGAACCUGUACAACAUCGUGGACAAUACUACGACAUUGAUCUGCUCAUCAACCAAAGCCUGACACUAGUCGUACCUGCGGCCGCGCACACGGUACCCUCCAUGGUACUUGUGUUCGAGCUGGUCGCGCUCCCUGGACCCAGCAGUCACGUCAGCUCGGUUCUGGCCUGGGGGGUCUUUCCGGUGUGUGGCCCCGGCUUCAGUCUUGUUCAGGGCAGAGCAGGGGAGACCGCUGUGGCAGCAUCUCACCAUGAGUCCCCUCUUCUUCGGUCGGCGGACUCUGCGUGCUCCUCCUCGUCUUUAGCAGGUAGGGGUUCAAUGUUCAGGAUCCCCGACUACGGCUCAGUAGGGGGUAAAUGUCACCCUAAUGUCACCCUAAUGUCACCCGCUAUGAGACACUAUGACUGGCAGCCGCUGUUUGCCUCGGGGCAGGGCUGGGCACAAUCUGGCAGAAGCAUCAAGUAA